AUGGGGUCUGAGGAUCAUGGGGCCCAGAACCCGAGCUGUAAGAUCAUGACGUUCCGCCCAACCAUGGAGGAGUUCAAGGACUUCAACAAAUAUGUGGCCUACAUCGAGUCCCAGGGGGCCCACCGGGCGGGCCUGGCCAAGAUCAUCCCCCCAAAGGAGUGGAAGCCGCGGCAGACGUAUGACGACAUUGAUGACGUGGUGAUCCCAGCGCCCAUCCAGCAGGUGGUGACUGGCCAGUCGGGCCUCUUCACACAGUACAACAUCCAGAAGAAGGCCAUGACGGUCGGCGAGUACCGGCGCCUGGCCAACAGCGAGAAGUACUGCACCCCCCGACACCAGGACUUCGACGACCUGGAGCGCAAGUACUGGAAGAACCUGACGUUCGUGUCGCCCAUCUACGGGGCCGACAUCAGCGGCUCCUUGUACGACGACGACGUGGCCCAGUGGAACAUCGGGAACCUGCGGACCAUCCUGGACAUGGUGGAGCGCGAAUGCGGCACCAUCAUCGAGGGCGUUAACACGCCCUACCUGUACUUCGGCAUGUGGAAGACCACCUUCGCCUGGCACACGGAGGACAUGGACCUGUAUAGCAUCAACUACCUGCACUUCGGGGAGCCCAAGUCCUGGUAUGCCAUCCCCCCGGAGCACGGCAAGCGCCUGGAGCGGCUGGCCAUCGGCUUCUUCCCCGGAAGCUCCCAGGGCUGCGAUGCCUUCCUUCGGCACAAGAUGACCCUCAUCUCGCCCAUUAUCCUCAAGAAGUACGGGAUCCCGUUCAGCCGGAUCACACAGGAGGCAGGGGAAUUCAUGAUCACGUUCCCCUACGGCUACCAUGCUGGCUUCAACCACGGAUUCAACUGCGCCGAGUCCACCAACUUUGCCACACUGCGGUGGAUCGAUUAUGGCAAGGUGGCCACCCAGUGCACGUGCCGGAAGGACAUGGUCAAGAUCUCCAUGGACGUCUUCGUGCGCAUUCUGCAGCCGGAGCGCUACGAGCUGUGGAAGCAGGGCAAAGACCUGACGGUGCUGGACCACACGCGGCCCACGGCCCUGAGCAGCCCAGAGCUGAGUACCUGGAGCGCCUCCCGAGCCUCCCUCAAGGCCAAGCUUCUGCGCAGGUCUCACCGGAAACGGAGCCAGCCCAAGAAGCCCAAGCCUGACGACCCCAGGUCUCCUGGAGAAGGGGCAGCCGGGGCAGCCCUCCUGGAGGAGGCAGGAGGCAGCGCGAAAGAGGAGGCGGCGCCGGAGGAGGAGGAGGAGGAGGAAGCCCAGCUGCUGCCUCAGGGCCGGGAGGCCGAGGGCUCAGAAGAGGAUGGGAGGAGCAAGCUGCGGCUGGUCAAGGCCAAGAGUGACCGGAAGAAGAAGAGCUAUGGCUCCCUGCACCCCCAUCACCCGCUGCUGCCGCCGCCCCCGUCCACCCAUUUCACCGAGGAGGCACCCUUGCUGGAGAUCCCGGGACCGGCCCCUGGCCUUGAGGCUGCCGAGGAGAGCCUCCCGCCACCGCCCCUCAAUGUGGUGCCCCCCAAGGCCCCCGGCGAGGAGCCAGAGGCAAAGCCACGCCCUGUCAUCCCCAUGCUGUACGUGGUACCUCGGCCUGGCCCUACCGGCCACAAGGGCCGUGUGUCCUGCCAGCAGGCCUCGGAGCACUUUGCCCAGAAGGGCCCCACCUGGAAGGAGCAGGCCACCCCCAUGGAGCUGACGGGGCCUGAGGAGGAGAGCGGAGCCAGCGAGGGGCAGAAUCCGUCCACCUUUUCCAAGUUGAAAAUGGAGAUCAAGAAGAGCCGGCGCCACCCCCUGGGCAGGCCGCCCACCCGGUCCCCACUGUCCGUGGUCAAGCAGGAGGCCUCGAGUGACGAGGAAGCCUUCCCUUUCUCUGGGGACGAGGAUGUGGGUGACCCUGAGGCCUUGAGGUCGUUGCUGUCCCUGCAGUGGAAGAACAAGGCGUCCAACUUCCAGGCCGAGAGGAAGUUCAAUGUGGCAGCCGCCCUGACGGAACCCUACUGCGCCAUCUGCACGCUCUUCUACCCGUAUAGCCAGUCCCUGCAGACUGAGAAGGAGGCUCCCCAGGCCGCCCUCGGGGAGGGCCCCUCGGCCAUCCCACCUUCCAGAAGCAGUCAGAAGACGCGGCCGCUGAUCCCCGAGAUGUGUUUCACGGCCAGCGGGGAGAACACAGAGCCGCUCCCCGCCAACUCCUACAUCGGCGAUGACGGGACCAGCCCGCUGAUCGCCUGUGCCAAGUGCUGCCUGCAGGUCCAUGCCAGUUGCUACGGCAUCCGCCCGGAGCUGGUCAACGAGGGCUGGACGUGUUCCCGGUGCACGGCCCACGCCUGGACUGCGGAGUGCUGCCUAUGCAACCUCCGGGGAGGCGCCCUGCAGAUGACGACCGACCGGAGGUGGGUCCACGUGAUCUGCGCCAUCGCCGUCCCGGAAGUGCGGUUCCUGAACGUGAUGGAGCGCCACCCGGUGGACAUCAGCGGCAUUCCUGAGCAGCGGUGGAAGCUGAAAUGUGUGUACUGCCGGAAACGGAUGAAGAAGGUGUCAGGCGCCUGCAUCCAGUGCUCCUGCGAGCACUGCUCCACCUCCUUCCAUGUGACCUGCGCCCACGCCGCUGGUGUCCUCAUGGAGCCGGACGACUGGCCCUAUGUCGUCUCCAUCACCUGCUUCAAGCACAAGUCGGGGGGCCACAACGUCCAGGUCAUGAGGGCCGUGUCCUUAGGCCAGGUGGUCAUCACCAAGAACCGCAACGGGCUUUACUACCGGUGCCGCGUCAUCGGCACCACCACGCAGACCUUCUACGAAGUGAACUUUGAUGACGGGUCCUACAGCGACAACCUGUAUCCAGAGAGCAUCACUAGUAGAGACUGUGCCCGCUUGGGCCCACCACCCGAGGGCGAGUUUGUGGAGCUCCGGUGGACUGACGGCAACCUCUACAGGGCCAAAUUCAUUUCUUCUGUGACCAGCCACAUCUAUCAGGUGGAGUUCGAGGAUGGGUCCCAGCUGACAGUGAAGCGUGGUGACAUCUUCACCCUGGACGAGGAGCUCCCCAAGAGGGUCCGGUCCCGGCUGUCGGUCAGCACAGGGGCCCCGCAGGAGAGCGUCUUCUCCGGAGAGGAGGUGAAGGCCGCCAAGCGCCCUCGGGUGGGCACCCCUCGCACCGCAGAGGACUCAGGGCGGAACCCGGACUACCCGGCCUUCAUGGAGAGCCUGCUGCAGGCGCAGUGCUGGCCCGGAGCGCCCUACUAG